UGUUCAGUAACGUCUUUUUGAAUGACGUCAUCAGUUUAUGUUUAGCGAGCGAUAGGUUACGAAAUUCACAAAUUUCAUGGUUACUCGCUCGUUUUAUGUACCAAGUUAGUGUACUACCGUUUAUUAUUGUUAAGUGGACGUAUUCGUGUAUAUCGCGUAUCAAUAAAUCAUUGUUUACAACAGCAUUGACGGAGUGAACAUUACGUUACUUUUGGCGGCAGCACAUGAAGCCACAGAAAUAGAUUUCCUUGUGCAAUAUAUUGGGACGGAAAUUCUUUGGACUUAUUUGCAUUCGGACCGGUUUGAAAUGGGUCAGGGUUCGUGAAAUAUUGGGCUGUGGAGAUAGUAUGGGGUUGGUGUUAUUAGCAAGUGAAGUUUGAGGGAACUAUGGAGAACCCAACGGUUUCUGGAUUGCGGUCAAGGUCGCGCUCGAAAACACCAUUCCUUAGAUCGAGCUGCGAUCGCGAGAACUGCACGGAGGGUGAGGACCACGUCCACCACAAGUCUGGAAGGAAAACGCCAAUUAAAAGGAGCACCCCUGUCAAGCAACUCGGCCAGCCAAGCAGUAAAGUAACGACCGAAGCUAUAGCGGAGACAGAGGAGGAGCAUGCGCCGUCGCACCGCACGCGGCAAUCAACCCGCCUCACGGAGAAGCUGGUCAAGACCUCCGACUACUCCUCCGAGGAGAGCCUGGACCGGCUGAAGGGGAGUCGGAAGGAGAUAUUUCAGAACGAGCUCAACAGCCAGUAUGAGCGGGUGUCCACCAGCUCUCACUAUCGGACGCUGGCGGACGUCACGCUCAGUCCAAUCUCGCAGAAUGUGACGCGCGACAGGUCUUUCCGCUUCGGAAGCCCAGCGUACAGUGCAUGCUCGACGGACAGUUCGUUCGCUGAGCAGGCACUGGCGGAUACCAGCGCUCUGCUGGACCGGGACCCUAGCGCGGAACACCUGCCUUACCGCCUGUACAAAAUGGCCGGCGAGUACUGGAACAAAUACCCGAAGACGGACUACACGUACUCGCCGCUGUCGAAAGACCGCGUGGAGCUGGCGCCGGGACAGGUGGCCGUCCCGAAUAUGUCCCGGCGCUCGCUGUCCCAGUUUCGAGUUCAGGGGCCGCUCACCAGCUCGGAUGAGGUCGACCGGCUCGCAGCCACCUGGACGUCCAGUGCUACGCGCAAGCGGUUCACUACAGUAGACAGCUCGGAUGACGAAGGCGCGUACCUCCGAGGCAAUGGCGCCUACCAGCAAGCGGAGCAGCGCUGGUGGAUCACCCGCCUGCUCGUCACCAUCAUCACCACCAUCACCAGCUCUACUAGCAGCGCGUAUAGGAGGCUCGUGGGGCCCUCGCAUCGGUACCCGUAUACUGACAGGCGGCCCGCUAAAGCUGGCAUCGCGACUCGUGCGGCGUCGGCGGCAGUAGCACCCUUCUACUGGAUUUACACUAUCAUCAAAACGGUGGUCACAACCACCAUCACCACUGUUACUGAAACGUUAACACCGAACCACGUGGGCGAGAGUGCCAAGUAUAGCGCUGGUAGCUACAAGGAAAAGGCGACGAAGCGACGCUGGUGGCCCUGGCUAUUACUACUCCUGCUGCCCGCCGUGGGAUAUGGAUGUUACAACUACUCGGACCAAAUAUGGCCUAAAGAAGAAACUGUAAUAGAAAGCACGUACAAAUCCCCUCAGAUAUCUCAAGAUCCGGACUUAAGUAGGCGGAUGGCUGCCCUUGAAGACUGGGCGCUAAACGUCGACACAAAACUGAAGACCUUCGACCAAAGACUGUCAAAGUUUGACAACCUAGAGGCGCAAAUCGAGAACUACUCAUUCCGGCACCUGCAGCAGAAUUUGAUCCAGAUUUUGAGCACGAAUGACAACACUGAGAUUUUAGCCGCAAAAUUGAAAGCGCAAUUCGACCGGGAUUAUGUAACUAAAGAACAGAUGCAGACAAUGAGUCAAGAGAUCCACGAGCGAUUAAUUACUUCGUGGAAGCCAGAUUUGGACGAGGAUAAGAUACGGCGGUUGAUCCAGGAGUACUUGGUUGUGUUCGAGCGGCAACAGAUGGCGCUACUGGCAGAGAAAGUUCGGGAAUACGUGAAGGAGGUAGAAAUCCAUCAUCAUCACUCGGGAAGCGACUUCGACGCGGAGGCUGUGAAGAAGAUAGUGGCGGCCAUGCUUAAUGUGUACGACGCGGACAAAACUGGCCUGGUGGAUUAUGCAUUGGAGUCUGCAGGCGGGCAAGUGAUCUCGACCAAGUGUACCGAGCUAUACCAGAUCAAGACGAAGCAAUACUCGGUGCUAGGGCUGCCGGUGUGGUGGGUGUACACGUCGCCGCGGUUCGCGCUGACUCCCGGCGCCAUGCCCGCCGAGUGCUGGGCCUUCCAGGGCUUCCCGGGGUACCUGGUGAUCCGCACGUACGCCAUCAUCGAAGUGACGGGCUUCUCGCUGGAGCACAUGUCGCGCCUACUCGCUGUCGACGGCAAGAUCGAGUCCGCGCCCAAGAACUUCUCAGUAUACGGUCUCCACGGCGAAAUGGAUCCGGAGCCCCACUUAUUCGGCGACUACAUGUAUGACGCAAACGGCACGGCCAUCCAAUAUUUCCCUGUUAAGUUCCCGAAGACGACAAACAUUGGCGGCAACGAGUACCCAGUAGCCUUCGAUAUUGUGGAGCUCAGGGUGGAAAGCAACCACGGCAACCCGACAUACACCUGUGUCUACAGAUUCAGGGUCCACGGGAACCCGUUGUCAGACAUCAGAAUGGCUACCGAUGACAGCAUCAAGGACAGUGAGACGUAGCCAACAAUUGGACAUUAGGGAAUUAUUUUAUAUGUGAUGCAAUCACCACUUUUGAUACGGUUCUAUCGUGUUGAUCUUUAGAUUUAAAAUUUAUGAGUAAUUAAGAUUUGUGAAAAACAAAAUUUGCCAGGCGAAUUGAUGUCUAAUGAAAGGACCUAAAACUGUUUAUAUGAGUGAUGUGUAAAAUAUCAAAAGUGGUGACGAUACAAUCGAAUACGUGUAUUGAACAUAGUGCAGUGCGCGUUAUCAAUCUCGGAAAACGUCCAACGUGUGUUCAAUUAUGUAGUUACUGACUUGAAUAGUUGUCAUUCUAGGUUUAACAGAGUGGCCUUACAUCAGUAACCGGUAUAUCUUUAGUAAUAAAGUCCAAAGUACAAAAUCUGUUUGUUAAGUACUGACUUAUCAUUAUGUGCUUAUUGUUCCAGCGAAUUUUAUGUGUUUAAAAUCUCUUAUAUGACCGCACAAAGACCGUUUCUAUACGCUUAGUUAUUCUGAAUUUCUUUUACCGAUAUUUAUACAUAGUUUUAUAAUCUAUUUUAAGUUAUAUUAUAAGACUUAUAAUAAUGUAUACCUACAUGGAUCAAAAACUAAAUAAUGUGUUAUAAAUAUUUUCAGCUGAUUCGUAUUUAUUAUUUAUGUUUGUAAGUAAGGACAUAGUAACUUAUUUGUGACUUUAAAUCAUAUAAGGCAGCUAUGUUUCUUUACAAAGUUUAUGUACACAGUUUAGUUAUUUCUAGAAAGUUAUAUGAGACAAUAAUCAAAAUUAUGAUAAAGAAACAGCCUAAAUUAGUAUUAAGUUCCUUUCGCGUUAUUUUAAUUAGGUCGUGUGUAAUUCAGCUAGAUCCAUGUUAGACUACGAUUAAUUUGAACUAGGUUUAAUGAAGGAGCUAGUCCAGUUAGAGGUUAAUAAAUUUUAUGCCAACGUAAAUAAGUGUUUUCAGUUGUAAGUUUCGUGUCUCAAAGAACUAACUUAGUAUGUAGUAAAAACCCAACGUCUAUUAACGUUUGAGGAUCUUAUUAGUUUAGUCUUAUUUAGUUUGUAAUCUUCGGCUUAUUGUACAAAAACUCAUUCCGAAUCCUAUGUUCAGUUGUGUCCUUCGUCAGUCAUACAGUUUCACAGACGAAUUAUGUAAAAUCAAAAGUUCAGGCUUAAGUACUUGAGAAAUGACUGCUAAUUCAAUACAUAUGUAGAAGAUACCUAUCUUAGGAUGUAAUAUUUUUGAAUUGCAUCUGCAAAAGCAAUCUUGAUUUCACAUAUAAGGAACUUUGUUCACUAGAUGUUUUAGUGUUCGUACUGAAUUACUGAUGCAUUUAGGUAGAAUCUCGUCCUAACUGUUCCUCCGGCCGAAUUCAAAAGGUGCUGCGCCGGAAAAAACUUAAAUAUUUGUCUGUUUUUUUAGAUCCUCGGAAUUUAAAUUAAGUUAAGAUAGUAGCCGUUGAUAUUACACGAUAUUCAUUACUUUUAGAAGUUACCACUAACACUUUCUGACAGCACACUUGUAACAUUUUAUAGCACUUUGUAACAAGCGAAAUUGUAUAUUUUUGAUAUCACCCGACCCAAUAUUCACCCUUGUUUCCACUAAUCAGUAUUGAUGAAUCUGAUAUCAAACUUCAAUAACUAUUUACCUAAAAAUUGGGAUCUAUUGAUGGUUCAGCCUUUUUUGGUUUGAAAAAUAUUAAUAAAACAACUCAUUUUUAUAAUAACCCAGUGAACUCAUGAGUUAGCUACUUAAAUUGCUCCGGGUGGCUUAAUGCAAUUUAUUUACCAAAUAUAAUAUUCUUCGUAUCUAUUUAUUGUUUUUAUCGAAUAUUUAUGGAACUUUUAGCAAGUAGAAUUUGUACGUUUAAUAUA